AUGGAGUAUGUUGACCCGAUAAUAAGUCAUUUCAAAGAUCAAGAAAACAUUAGCAAAGAGACACUAGCGGAACUCAUCAAAGAACAACAAGGCAAGGAAUCGCGGGCGAAGAAAAAUGUAGGACCAUCUCACAAACUACACAUUAGAGAUAAAAACCUGAGUAAUUGCGAAAAGGCUCUUUCCAUUUUCACAGACUUGCUGAAACUCACAUUUCUCAUACAGAAAUCUUGGGAUCUACAGGCGUUGUGCAAGAGCGUUUUAGUACGAUUUGAUAUCCAAACAUCAGGUUACUCUGGCCAAGAACCCAAGUUGGACCACGCAGAGACUUUUUAUCGAGAAUUGGCUCUCAAAACAAUCACAAGAUGCGGGAAGCUGUCGGAGGCGAUUGAAAAGUUGUCAUUGGACUCUCAAGCUAUCCGUGACUAUUUACAAGAGCAAUCUGAGUACGACGCAGCAUCAUGCAUAAGCGACUCGGCGUGCCUUCUGCUUGAAAUGUGGUUUCUGUGCGGUAAGACUAUGCAAUCUUUAAAACGGAAUGUGGCCGCAUUGUUCAUUAAAGCAAAGUUGCUUCUCAUAGAUUGCGAACUCGAAGUAAUGAAGUCUUUGGCUAGUGAAGAUGGCUAUGGAUCGUUGGAGGAGACCGUUACAUCAUAUAGGCUCUUCAUCAAAGUGCUUCUACAACAAAUUCAGGAUGCAGACACUAAUCACGACCAAACGCUUUUCGAAGAAUGCCUCCAAGUAUUUCUUGAUGUCGAAUCUAUGUUCAAUGCCAUGAACAUCAACUGCCUCCUCUAUGAAACCCAGCAUGCACCACAAGAAUCCCAGAUUACACAAAGUGCCAAAUCUAAUAUCGUCCAGGAAGCUUCGGAGCUGCGAGACAUUUCUCAAUUUGUGGAUGAUACCGUCAACGCGGAAGUACACAGUGAUGAAAACGAAUUUGCUGAUCUUCUACCAAAAGAGUUAGGUACUAUCAAGGAGAGAAGAAUGUCCGAGACGUCUAGUUUAUCGGUGUCGCUUAUGAUGGAAAAAACGUCUUUAAAGCGCGAGCUGCCAAACUUGUUGCAGGCUUUCAAUAACGCAAAGAGACUGGAACAAGAACUAGAGAAUGCUCGUGCAACCAAAAGCUCACCUCAAGAAAACUCUCUUUUGAACUUAUCGAUGAGAGCCCCUACGUCAUCUUUGUCCUCGUCAAUGAUAUCCCCGUCAUCUAGUGUGCUUAUGAGCUCACUCCCACGAUUUGGAAGUGAAUUAAGCAGCUCCAUGUACUCCAAAAGUAGCAGCAUGGGACUCGAAGAUGAUUCAAAGGUCAAGGAAGAUUCCCUCAUGAAAAGCACAAACUCCGCAUCUGAUCUUCGUUUAAUACCGCCCGACCCACACCCAGCAUCAGGGAAAAAUGACAAGCUGUUGCGGUUGUCAUCAAUACAGAAACUACCAUCGUCUUACCGCCAAACUACAAACGUCCAGGGAUUUGGAAGCAAUGUUCUGAACAACCUGUACGGGUUGGGUAAUAAAAAUUAA